AUGAUGAAGUCUACUUCCAAUGCUGUCCAGCCAUCACAAUCCACCUUGUCAUUAGAUGAUAAAAUAGCUCAAAUCGCUGGCAAUCUAUCGAUCCGUGAUAGUUAUGCAGCUAGUCAAGGUUGUCGAAUAUAUCGUGCUCCAGAUGGGAGUCUAUCCGCCGUGAAUUGGUCUGGUACAAUGCCAUGUGUUGUUCAAACUUCAAACAACAACAAUAAUAGCAGUAAUAGCAGUAGUAAUGCGAAUAACAGCACUAUGUCCAGUGGUCAACAGUUAUCCACACCAAUUCAUCCAUCCCCUUCAAUGAAUCAGAUCAAUAGUAGCUCAUUUAUGGGUGGUGGUACAUCACCAGGAUUUACAAACAAUUUUGUACUGAAUGCUAAUAAUCCAUGGGCGACAGCAAUUGUCCCUCAAUCAUUGCCUCAACAACAUUCUCUAGUAUUCACAAAUCAAAACCAACUAACCAGUACUGCCACUACUCCUCAUAUGCAAUUGAUGAUGAAUGGUGGAGCCAUUCAUAAUGGUCGUUCAACCAAUAAUAAUCCUUUUCUAUGA